ACAAUCGUCUCUAAUUUAGCGGGCGCCUUUGUCCACAGCGACUGAUGAAAACAAGUGUGUGCAGAAUAUCCCAAUGUUGUUGUUCUUUUUCCUACUGCGCAUUGACCAAACAAUUACCCCAGUGAAAUGAACUCAAAAAGUGCAAUUAAUGAACAUCGAUGGUGGUCACAACACAAAUGGAAUCUCUAAGGUUGAACACAAAAUCUUCCACAAUUUAGAAAGAAGUUCUCCCUCAUAGAAAAUAAUGAAAAUAGCGGUCGUUCCCGAACAAAGUCCUCCUAUGGAAUCUGCCCAAUCACCUCCAAAUUUGAACCGUGUAUACUAGACAAAUGGGCGACGCUUGAUUACAAAGAUAGGGUGUGAAGUUUGAUCAUUUGCGGUGGAACGUGAAACGUCCCGAGAGAGUUAAAAAAAAAUAUUAGCAUUCGGCACCAUUUGUCCAAUUGACACGAAAUCUGGCAUGCAUGUCCAUCAUGACGUGCAGGGAAAUCAAUGAAGAACCUAGCUGUGGAACGCACAAACAUUUUGGUUUAAAGGUGCCAUUUUUUUGUGAACUUUGCCCAUUUCCAUCGGUCAAACCAAAACGAAAUCAUGAGAAAUUUACCAGACCACCACCAAAAGACACAAAAUCUGGCAUGCAUAUUAGUGAUGCACAGAAAUGAAAAGGAGGAUUUUACAUGCUCUUGUCUUAGUUCUGGCAGUGUGCAAGUCCUCAAGGGGUGGGUAGGGGGGUACCAACAAUCUUUUCAGCAGUUUUGUUUAUCCGUUGCAGUCGGAGUUUGUCCUUUUUUGUAGCAGCACCAAACCAGACUGUGAUGGAAGAACAUUGGACUGAUUCGAUGACUGCUGUGUAGAACUGCCUCAGCAGCUCCUGUGGUCCUGAGAGACUGUAAUUCCCAGGAACUGGACGGUUGAGACAGGGCAGUUGGAGAGCGUGAGGGGCAGCUGUGCCGAAGGAUGCCUCCUGAAGUCCACGAUCAUCUCUCCGGGCUUGAGCCUGUUCAGCUCCAGGUUGUGUCGGCCGCAACACAGCUCCAGCCGCUCCACUUCCUGUCGAUAAGCAGACUCGUCACCGUUUUUGAUGAGGCCGAUGACUGUGGUGUCAUCUGCAAACUUCAGGAGUUUGACAGCCGGGUGCGUUGAGGUGCAGUCGUUCGUGUCGAGAGAGAAGAGCAGCGGAGAGAGGUUACAUCCUUGGGGUGCCUUGGUGCUAAUGGUGCGUGUGGAUGAGGUGGUGUCCCGCCGCCUCACCUGCUGUGUCCUGUCCGUCAGGAAGCUUUAAAUCCAUUGGUAGAUGGCUGGCGAGACACUGAGCUGGAGAAGCUUGGAGGAGAGGAGUUUGGGGAUGAUGGUCUUGAACGCAGAGCUGAAGUCCAGAAACAGGAUCCUCGCAGACUUGGAGGGCCGUAAGCUCUGCAAGAAAGUCAAAGUGGACCCCAGCUCCAAAAGCAGCACUGUUGAGCUGCUGCAUUACAAAGAUGGAAGCUUCCACACAGAGUACAACAGACCUGCCACCUUCAAGUCCAUGGUGGCAUUCCUGAAGGAUCCGUCGGGGCCUCCACUGUGGGAGGAAAACCCGCAAGCCAAAGACGUUGUCCACGUAGAAACAGAAAAAGACUUUAGAAAGCUGCUGAAGAAAGAAGAGAGGCCCCUCCUCAUGAUGUUCUACGCGCCUUGGUGUGGUGUGUGUAAGAGGAUGCAGCCCAUCUUUCAACAAGCUGCCACAGAGACUAAGGGACGAUACGUUCUGGCCGGCAUGAACGUGCACCCAUCCGAAUUUGAUGGCCUCAAGCAGGAAUUCAGCGUCAAAGGCUACCCGACCUUCUGCUACUUCGAGAAGGGCAAGUUCCUCUACCACUAUGAGAACUACGGCGCCGCGGCCAAGGACAUCGCAGAAUGGAUGAAGAACCCUCAGCCAGUGCAGCCAAAGACUCCCGAGGUGUCCUGGUCUGAGACAGAUUCAUCCGUCUUCCACCUGACGGACGAAUCCUUCGAUGUCUUUAUGGAGGAACAUCCUGCUGUCAUGGUCAUGUUCUACGCACCCUGGUGUGGCCACUGCAAAAAGAUUAAACCAGACUAUGAAGAAGCUUCCCAAAUACUCAACAAAGAUCCAAAGAGUCCGGGCGUGUUGGCAGCAGUGGACGCCACCAUACACAAGGCUGUGGGGGAUCGCUUCAAAAUUUCCGGCUUUCCCACCCUGAAGUACUUUGAGAAAGGACAGGAGAUGUACACACUGCCGCAUGUACGCACAAAAGACAAGAUCAUCGACUUUAUGCACAAUCCACAGGCUCCACCGCCACCAGAGCAGUCCUGGGAGGACAAGCCCUCCAGCGUCCUCCACCUUGGCUUAGAGGACUUCCGAGAGGCCCUGAAGAAGAAGAAACACUGUCUGGUCAUGUUCUACGCUCCAUGGUGUCCGCACUGUAAAAACGCCGUCCCUUACUUCAUGACUGCGGCGGAAGUCUUCAAAGAGGACCGCAAGAUCGCUUAUGCGGCGGUGGACUGCACCAAAGGACAAAACCACGAUCUGUGCAAGCAGGAGGGUGUGGAGGGAUACCCCACCUUCAACCACUACAACUACGCCAAAUUUGUGGACAAGUACCACGGAGAUCGCGGGGAAGCAGGCUUCAUCGGCUUCAUGCGCAGCCUGCGAGGCCGUGAUCAGGAGAAAGUCAUCAUGAGGAAGGAGGAGCUCUGAUGAAGAUGAACCCCCCAAUCCACCUUGAACCCUCUUCAAGGGCCCCAUCAGCACUGACACUGGGGACAAAAAUGACCUCAAAUAUUUUUUAUACCACAUUGAUUACGUUUUUUUUUACAUUUUUUUUAUUUUUGGGGCGGACAUAGUACACUAAACUGGCUCGGACGGACACUGUGACUGAUUUUGUGACAAGCUACGUGCUAAUCUAUGCAAUCCCCAUGAUGGCGCUCAGGGGGUCCCAGCAGACUUCCUGUAAAGAACCGUCCACCAUCUUGUUUUUGGCUGCUCCGUCAACAUGUGACGCCACAGUUAGCGUAGCGACGUGUCGUGACGUCAAUCCAGGCCAAAGGGUUACUUUUUGUCUUCAAAUGGUGGCCUUAAAAUAUUAAGUUAAAGCAGAGGCCUGGUGUCUUUUGCUUGUUUUUCUUCCGCCCUUCAGUUUGACAACAACGCCAUAUGUGGGUAUCAUCCAACAUUUUGUCAAUAUUUUUUUCUGCUCCCAUUUCCAAAUGUGACAAUGAAAAUGAAAAUCCAAUUUUUGUAACUUUUUUUUUUUUUUUCUUCUUUCUCCUUUGACCCCGGAUUGCAAAGACUUUUGCCGAUGGACACAAAAUGUGACUGUGACAACAAAGAAACAAAAUUGCAUCAGCCACCAUAUUUCGUCCACCCAUUUCCAAAUAUCACAAUGAAAAACUUGUAUUUCCAAUAUUGGCAAUUCUUUUAAUCAAGUCAAAUUGCAAAGAAAAUCGAUUGUAGUUCUAGAACACACUACAUACCAAAAAAAAAAAAAAAAUCGUGAGAUACGAGGUGUGACUGUAAAGAAACGAGACAGUUUCAUCUUCUGUAUUUAGAUAUUUCAUCCAACCAUUUCCAAAUAUGACAAAAAAAUAUGUAUUUCCAAUUCUGCGCCUAUUUAUAAAGAAACGAUAGUCUUAGUCUUUAGUCUUUCUAGAUACAAAAAAAACCCCACAAAAUUCAAGAUAUGAGGUAUGACAAAGAUACAAGACUAUGACCAAUAUUUUUUAUCUGCCGAUUUCAAAAUAUAACAAUUUCUUUUGAGUGUGCAAUGAAAUUUAAUAAAGAAAAUCUGUGAUUUUUUUUUUUGCACGCAAAAAAAACCUCACAAAAUUUCAUGAUGGUAGGUGUGACGAAGAAACGAGACUGUGGCCAAUAUUUUUCGUCUACCAAAAUGAAAAUGUCAAAUUUUUUAAAGUAAAAUUAGAAUUAAUAAACAUGUUUUUUAUUUUCUAGAUGCAAACAAGCAAAAACAAAAAAAAUAAACAUUUCGAGAUGCAAAAUGCGAUAAUAAAGAAACAAGACUUGCCCAAUUUUUUUGUCUGCCUAUUUCAAAAUAUGCCAGUGAAAAUUAACAUUAAAAAAAAAGUUUUUAAAUUUUGGAGACACAAGGUGCGAUGAUGAAGAAACAAGACAUUAUUCCUUUUUCGGUAUUUCAUACAAUUUUCAAAUGUUCCAAGCUGUAGCAAAACCUUUCGUGUUAAGAAUUUGGUUUCCAGUGUGGUAAAUUUAAAGUUCUCAGGGAUCGCAAGACACAUUUAAAGGGAGCUAGUUUGUUGACUUUUUUGUUCACCAAAUAAAACAAAAAAAAAGAGAGAGAGAGAAAACAAGACAUAAUCACACCUUGGCGUAUCGUGGUGUCGUUACUGGAGCAUUCCGAGCGGGAGCGUCUGGUGAAAUCAUUCCAGUUCGUUGGGAGAAUAGGAAGAGUCUCAGUCUUAUCCCAAAGUCUGUGUGUGUUUGUGUUUGCGUGUUACACUUAAAGCCAAGAAGUCAUUGUUGCCUUUGUUCAAUCAGCUGUACACUAUCACCCUCUACUGUGCAAAUAAUAAUGAAUAAAAUCAUACUUUUUCCUAAA